UGAACGUAAAGCAGUUUGUCAGACCUGCAAGUUGCUAUUAGGCCUAAAGGUGCGACUUCAGUUUAUUAAAUUUGAUUAUGAAAGUGGGAUUAGCGCGUUAUAUAUUUUACUUAUAGUUGGUAUUUGAAGACACGUUUAAAGAAGAUGAUAAUAGAGGACGUGGAAGCUCUGAAAUCGUGGUUGUCAAAACUGCUGCAGCCCAUAUGUGAUGCAGACCCUUCGGCUUUGGCAAACUAUGUUGUAGCCUUAGUAAAGAAAGACAAACCUGAAAAGGAGUUAAAGGCACUUUGUGCUGAUCAGUUGGAUGUCUUUUUACAAAAAGAAACAACUGGCUUUGUGGAUAAACUUUUUGAAGGUUUAACUACAAAAAAAUAUUUGGGAAAUCAAGAUCAAUUUGCAAAGGAGGCUGCAAAAGUGGAAAUGAAAACAGGAGGUCAAAAAAUGGAAGAAAAUAAAGAAGUGACUGUAAGUUUGGAGGAAGAGAGGGAUGGAAGAAGAAAGAAAAGUCCGUUGAGAAACCGGCCUGAUCCGAAUGAAAUGCGGAAUCGUGAUGACAAGAGAAGGGAUGAUCGUAAGCGACGAGAUUGUGACCGGCAUAACAAGAACAGUGACCCGUACAGAGAGCGCUAUGAUCGGCGCAGGGGAACCAGCAGGGGGCGAAGCUUCAGCAGGAGUAGGAGUCGAAGUGGUAGCAGAGGGAAGAGUGGAGACAGAGAUCACAGCCGAGCAAAAUUAGAUCACAGGUUAAAGUUUGAGGCGGAGAGGAAUGAGCUAGAGGGUUAUGCCCCAGUGUCUGUGCCAACCUCGAUCUCCAUGCAGCCUCAACAGCAGCAGCAGCAGCAGUAUUCCUCUGGGGGCCAAGCUAUCCCCAGCACAGUUGCCGUGGUAGCACCUGCUCACCUCCCAGACAGCACCACAGAGAGCUGGUCUAACUAUUACUCUAAACACAACGAAGGCAAGCCAUUCAGCAGGAGCACCGCUCAGAAACGCCGCUGCAGAGACUACGACGAGAGAGGAUUUUGUGUGCGUGGUGACCUCUGCCCCUUUGACCAUGGCAAUGACCCUUUAAUAGUGGAUGACGUCACGUUGCCAACCAUGAUUCCUUUCCCACCACCUCCUGGGCUUCCUCCGCCUGGUCUCCCAAUGCCCCAAAUGCCAGGGAUGCCCCCUAACCUACGGUUACCCAUUCCUCCACAUGGGCAGCCUCCACCCCCAGGCAUCUUCCCAAUGCCAGGACCACCUUUAAUCCCAGCAAGUGCAAUAGAUAAUCGUGAACACUCUGGAACAAGCUCAGUUUCUACUCUUGCACCAACAGGAGUAGGACCAGCUCCUCCUCUUCCUCCUCGUCCUUCUAUACCUCCACACCCACAGUAUACAUUAGCAGAGUUUAACUAUGAUCCUGAAGCUUAUAACCCAGAGGCACCUGGUAUCACAGCCUCAGGCAGACCUCAGUACAGACAGUUUAUCCCCAGAAUACAGACCCAGAGGUCAAAUCUUAUUGGACUUACCUCCAGUGACAUGGAUGUACCAAGUUCAAGAGCUGCCAAUAUAGUUAUCCAGACUGAACCAUCAGCCUCGGCCAUGAUGAAUAAUAAUUUAUCAAGAUUCAGUAGUGAUCAAGACAACAGGAAGAGGCCUAUGGCUGUCACUGACGCCCCCCCAACUAAGAAAUCCUGGCUGGAAAAGCAAAAUUUCAACAACCAGCAUAAACCUGGCUUUCAAAAGAAAAAUCAUUACGCCUACGCCAACACCAAGCUUGAAGUUCGCAAAAUCCCCAGGGAUAUCAACAAUAUUGCCAAACUGAAUGAGCAUUUCAGCAAAUUUGGUACUAUUGUUAACAUUCAGGUUGUCUUCGGAGGGGAUCCAGAAGCGGCUCUCAUACAGUAUACUGUGAAUGAGGAAGCCAGGAGGGCUAUCUCUAGCACGGAGGCUGUCUUAAAUAACAGGUUUAUCAGAGUGUACUGGCACCGGGAGAGUAAUGAGCAGCAACAGCAGACACCCUCUCAGGCUGCUUCAGCAGUACCUCAGCAUGCCAAUGUAAUGAACAAGCUGCUGAACCCCGGGUCAUUCUCUCUCAAUAAGAUGAAAACCCGACCUGGAGCAAUGGAUGUAAAUAAAGCUGAUCCACUACAUACAAGUUUCAUCCAGACCAGUGCUUCAGCAGAGAUUUCACAGGGUUUGAAUACCUCUGCAAGUCACCUGAAGACAGUCUAUAGCUCCCCAGUCAUGAAGAUGACUUCAAAACCAAUGGCAAAAUCAACCAAAGCACUUGAAGCACACGAGGCAGUGAAGAAAAAGCAGGAGACACUAAAAUUGCAACAAGACAUGCGGAAAAAGAAGCAAGAAAUGUUGGAGAAACAAAUUGAAUGCCAAAAGGUAUUAAUCAACAGACUUGAAAAAAAUAAGAAUAUGAAGCCAGAGGAGAGAGCGAACAUCAUGAAAACCUUCAAAGAGCUUACGGAUAAGAUUUCACAACUGAAGGAUGAAAUAAAACCAAACUCCAGCACUCCCCUGAAGUCCACUCAGCCCAAGACGAAAAUAGAUACACAAAAGGAACUUUUAGACGCAGAAAUGGAUUUUCAUAAAAAGCUGAGUUCAGGAGAAGACACUACAGAUUUGAAAAAGAAACUUGGUCAACUUCAGGUUGAGGCUGCCCGCUUGGGUCUCAUUCCCGCAGGUCGUGGAAAGGCUGCCCCAGUCCGAGGCCGUGGGAGGGGUCGAGGGAGAAGUGUGCGGGGAAGAGGAGUGAUGAAUCACAUGGUGGUUGAUCACAGACCAAGAGCGCUGGCAAUACGGGGGGUCACUAAAGAAGAAAAAGAGGAGUUAAUGCCACACUUUGUAAAAUUUGGGGAGGUUGAAGAGCUACAUGAUUAUGAUGCAACAAGUAUUGUGGUGACAUUCAGAACAAGAAGUGAAGCGGAAAAUGCUGCAAACCAAGGUGCAAGGUUCAAAGGUCGCACUCUGCAGAUAUCGUGGUAUAAGCCCAAGACUCCGUCUAUAUCAACAGAGCCAGAUGAAGAGGAAGCAAAGGAAGAGGAGGCGGGAAGCGCUCUUUUGCCUGAGGAAGAGGAGGAUGAUGACGAAGAUGAUGAAGAUGAGUCUCGUUCUUGGAGAAGAUGAGAGGAAACGAUAACCUUUUUUGUGAAAAGGACUUUUUUUUUUUUUUUUUAAAAGAACAAUUUAGUUCUUAAGGCAAAAAUCACGUAUUUUGAAACUGAAAGGUUGAGUUUUGAGAUCUUGGAUGCCAAAAUGAUUGAAGUAUCUGAAAUGGUACUUUUUCUAGUAGAGAAAAUAGGAAUGUGAGAAAAUGACAAAACUGCAGUCUUUUAAUUUCACGUCUUGGCACGCUUUUUGUGUUUACAAAGAUCCAACCUCAAAAAAGAAUUGCGAGCCCCAUCCCUCAUUAUAAUGCUCUGCAUAUUCACCUAUUUCCCCUCCUGCUUAGCUUUUAAUUUUGUUAAAAUUAGCUGCUCUUAUAAGAGUAUGGCAUUCCAGUAAACUUCUCUAGUUCUAGUGUUUAGUUGAAACCCCUGUUAGGAAGAAAUGUUGCAGUCCUUGUGUAAAAUGUAAUUGUGAUCGUCAUUGUGGUGUUUCAUAUACAAAACAAACGAUAAAAGAAAAUACACAAAACCUGACUAUAUAUAAAGAAAUUACAAUAGUCCAGGGUGUCAAAAUAAUUGCCUUUUUAAAAGAUUUUACCUUCAGGCCUGUGCUCAUCCAGAGCUUUUGUUUUGCAGGAACAAGAAGCACUAAGGGAAAUUAUUUAAAUCCUUACAGGGCUUUGAACUGCUCUUCUAAAAGAUGCUCACCAUUUUCUGGAAUUGAAAAGUAGAGUAAAAAACUGUAAUUGUUUCAAAAGUAGAAUUUUGCAGUGUUGCAAGCUCUGCACUGGAAAUGCGUCCCAUUGGGUAAGCUGCUUACCUAAUGUAUUGCAUUUAUUUUAAACGAAAGACAGUGUUUGAACAUUUGUUACGGGUUUAUAGCAAAAGCCAGCACAAACACAUGUUGCUAACGAUAUUGAGAUAUAGAUCCUCUUUUUUUUUUUUUUUU